AUGAAUGUAGAUCCGAAGAAUAAAACCUUCAGAUUCUGCUGCGUUCAGAACCGAAAGCAUCGUUUCCCAUGUGAGAACAGGCCCAGCAGCAGGGUCCCGACAUCCACCUCAGCGCCGGCGGGCAGCGUGGCGGCGGCAGCGUCUCCCGGUACCCAGCAGCGGCGCGCCAGCAGCGGCAGCGCGGAGCCCAGAUUCUCCCCUGACUGCACCUACGGGAUCAGCUCAGAGAAUCGUCUCAUCCUGGAUGCCUUUGCCCAACAAUGUAGCCGAGUCCUCAGCCUCCUCAACAACGGCCGUCUCCUGGAGCCCUCCUCCUCCUUCACCUCUAACAUCAAGCUGGAAGACGGGCCAGAGGAGGUACAGGGGCUUCACUGCUCCUCACUGGGGAAGUCCAAACCUGAAGAGAGCUCUUCCACCACAGACCCAGAAGAGGAGGCCCAACAAAGCCAUUUGAGCCAACAACAGACCUCUGCCGUUCUCCGCAUCUUCACAGACUCCCUACAGAACUAUCUGCUCUCAGGGCCUCAGCAGCAGCAACAUCUGGCUGUGGGUCUGGAGGAUGAGCAGUGUCCGUUGGCUGAGCCCGGUUCUGGGGUGUCUCCUCCGAGACACAACCUGGGGGGCUGGGGUUCGCCGACUCCGUCAGAGUCGUAUGGCCACCCGUCGUCCACGCUGCCUGAGGAAGAAGAGGAGGAGGAGAACUGCUGUCCGCGCUGCCUGGAGUUGGAGCAGGAGGUGCUAUCUCUGCAGCAGGAGAACGAGGAGCUCCGCAACAAGCUGGAGAACAUCCCAGUUCCCUGUCAAAAUGCUCUUGACUACUUCAAGACUGUUCUUGAGUUUCACAACCAGCUGGUGCAGCCGAUGCCAGAGGAGCAGCUCACAGAGGAAGAAGAACGACAAACAGUCUUUGAGGGCAGCAAACAGCUCCUGGAGAACUAUCCUCUCUUCAUCACUAAUAAGCAGUGGGACGAAGCCGUCAACUCCUCUAAGAAAGAUGGCAGACGGCUGCUGCGCUACCUGAUUCGCUAUGUCUUCACCACGGACGAGCUCAAGUUCUCCUGCGGUUUGGGCAAAAGGAAGCGUUCAGUCCACUCAGGAGAUCCAGGCUUGGAGAGACGGCCGCUAAACCCCGUCAAAGUCAGCUGCCUCAGAGAAUUCAUCCGGAUGCACUGUGCCUCAAACCCGGACUGGUGGAUGCCCUCAGAGGAGCAGAUCAACAAAGUGUUCAGCGAUGCCGUCGGUCACGCUCGUCAGGGCCGAGCGGUCGGCACGUUCCUGGGCAGCAGCGGCAGCAGCACCAGCAGCCUCUACAUGGACGCCUUUGAUGGACAUCUGUCGCAGGACGAACUGUAUUUAAAAGGCUGCCAGAACGGCCAAUCGGACUGAUGUUGAAAGGAGGAAUUAAAAAGACAAAUGCCGGAAAUGUAGCUGUACAACAACAUAUCCCAAAACACUGACCUUAUCCUGUCACUUUACAAAGUGAAGAAAACAUUCCAGAAGUUUAUCAAACAGAAUAUAACACAGUCACUCUGAAGCAGUUUCUCUUUUUAGUUUUCUAGCUUUUUUUGCCAUUUUUAUACCUACAACUUUGUUUAGUCAAAAUUUGACUCCAAACGGGUGUUUUAAACACAAAAUUUUAGUCUUCCAUUUGCUACGUUUUCUAUGGUUUGUUGUUUUGAUCGUUAUGUCACUAUCAGUGGAAUAUUUCUGUUCUGUGUUUUGGGAUGGAGUCCCAGUGAAUGUUUUCACACUUUACAUGCAUACCUUAAUCAGGAAGCUAUUUGUGUUAAUGUUGCCCAAGUUAGAGACUUAUUACAGCCAUCACACACCCUCCAUCACGGAAAGUAGCAUUUAAUAGGUUUCUGCAAAAUUCUGCAUCAUUGGCGAAGCACCUUUACUUGCAACCCCUCUACAGGAGUGCCUCUGAAAAUGUCAUGUUUUGUUACCUGUAGUCUUGCACUUUGCAUCCCUGUUUUUUCUUAAUUUAAAUUUAUUCUGAUGUUUUAUUAAGUGAAUUCAAACACAAAGUCUUUCCAAUGUGCUAAAAUGCAGCUUCACUUGGGUUGAAAGAAGUUUUGGUCAAAGCUGGCCCUGGUUUCAAUUUCCUACAGCAGAUUUCAGGAUAUGAAAAAUGUAUAAUUAGGCACACAGACAGCCACCCACAAUGUUGUAUUCACAACUCUUUAAAACUGACUAAUUACAUGAUUGUAAUUACUUUCCAGUACAACUUCCACCAAAGUCAAGUUCGAUAACUGGCCCUGCAAAGGUUUUUACACCUGCAAAGGUUUCACACGUCUCCUUAAUGUGUUUGAAAUAUUAUAUGGCAGCAAUAUAAUGCUGAUAUUUGUUGAAGAUUGAUUUUAAUUAUUAAAAUGCAGAUUUGCAGAAAAAAACAAC